AUGACCACCGACCUCGAUCAAAUGGCUGCUGCCAAAGAGGAAAACUCCAAGCCGCCUCCCACGUCUUCCGAAUCAGAUGAUGCUCUCAGGACGAACGGCCAUGCGACACCCAGCAACAUCAACACCGGCGAUUACCUCUCCGCCGGGGGAGGUUCGGCCAGUGGUCUCAGCACACCGACCACGCCUGGGCUCUCCGCCAACUUCGACUCCUUCGACCGCGAGAGUUUCCCUCCCGUCGACCGCCUGACGAUGUUCGACAUCCUCGAGAACCUCGCCCUCCCGCAACGGCUCGAGCGCAUGCAGAGCGCGAUCCACGACAACGCCGAGAAGCUCCGCCGACAGCGGCAACGCCUCACCACCCGCGCCUUGUCGAGCAAGAACAUCGUGGUGGACGAAUGGAGGAAACGCGUCAAGAUCGACCCGGAUCAACAGUUGGAGAAGUACCGCAAGCGGAUGCGCAUGUCGGUGGACCGGCUGAGCAGGAGAUGGAAUGCCGCAAAGUCGGUGACGGUCAUGGAGAAGGUCUCGUUCGUGACGGCCGUGUUGAACAUCUUCAUUUCCGCAUACAUCAUCGGCGCAUACCCCGAAUAUUUCCACUACUGGUACUCGCUUCAGCUCGCCUACUUCAUGCCCCUGCGAUGGUACAAAUACCAUCAGAUCGGAUUCCACUAUUUCCUCGCGGAUCUAUGCUACUUCGUCAACAUCUUACUCGUCAUGUCGAUCUGGGUCUUCCCCCAUUCGAAACGACUCUUGAUCAGCACGUAUUGCCUGGCCUUCGGGAACAACGCAGUCGCGAUCGCCAUGUGGCGGAACAGUCUGGUGUUCCACAGUCUCGACAAGACAACGACGUUGUUCAUCCACAUCAUGCCCUGCGCCACCCUCCACGUCCUCGUCCACCUCAUCCCUGAAUCCAUGCAAAGGGCCAAAUUCCCGGCCAUCCACACCAUCAAAUUCUCCCCCGUCGACGCCCCCGAACACUACAGCCUGCUCGACAUGAUCAUCUGGGCGACGCUCCCCUACGCCAUCUGGCAGCUCUCCUACCACUUCCUCAUCACCGUCCGCAAACGCUCCAAGAUCGCCGCCGGCCGCCCGACCUCGUUCACCUGGCUGCGUAGGAGCUACCGGGGCAACUUCCUCGGCAAAUUCGUCCUGUCCUUCCCGGACGCCUACCAGGAGUGGGUCUUCAUGGGCAUCCAAUACUGCUACGCCCUGCUCACCAUGACCCCCUGCCCCAUCUGGUUCCGCAGCUCGUACGCCUCGGCCUUCUUCAUGGUCGUCGUCUUCGGCUGGGCCUCCUGGAACGGCGCGACCUACUACAUCGACGUCUUCGGCCGCCGCAUGGAGAAGGAGCUCGAGGCCCUCCGCAAGGAGGUCGCGCGCAUGGCGAAGAGCCCCGAACUCGCCGGCCAGGACGGCUCCUCUAACGGCGCCUUCAGCCCCAUCUCCAGCCCCAACGGCCCUUCCGCGCUCGAUGGCGCCGCGACGUCCUCGGCCUUGGACCUCGGUCCCGCGGCGCAACUCGGUUCUCCCGCCAUGAGCGGCGAGGGCGGCGGCGCGUCGAUGCAUUAUCGCGGGAAGUCCAUCGAAGGCAUUCCGUAUCUGGAUAACGAGUCGGUCGUCGACUCGGUGGAUGCCACGCCCGCGGGGGAGGCCGGGAUUGUCCGCACGAUCGACGGCGGAGUCACCGUCAGCGGGGAGACGCCGUUUGCGAAGUUGGGUGGGGAGCAGGAGGCGGGGGAAUAUUUCGCGGAUCAUGCCAAGACGAGGUGAAUGGGGACGCUGUCCCCAUGAUGGACUCUGAUCGAGUCGGCGCCUUUUGGGCUGUUGAUCUGUGCGCGUGGAGGAACGAAGAAGGAGGAAGACGGAUGAUUACGAUGUCACGUGUAUGUGUGUGUGUGUGUGUGUGUGUGCUUGGUCUCUCUGCCUGCUGCUUGCCGCUCUUGAUAAUUUCGAGUGUUCAUCACUACUUUUAAAUAAUACCCCACCACUUCACAUCAGAACCAGAAGGAUCUCCGGAUCUCUUGAAGAGUUUCCAUUGCAUGACUUUGAAUAACUUCAUGAAAGCGCUUCUUUAC